AUGAGUCGAGGGGACAGACGAAAUGGUUGUGGCCGAGUCCCCUCGGCUCGAGGUAGGCAGAGCAGCGGAUUAAUCCGACUGACAGCUCCUCCCCAGUGGCCAAUCAUUCCAGCCCUCUCCGCUUCAACCCAGUUCUGCCCACAUUUCCACUUGCCCACAUCUCCACAUCUCCACAUCUCCACAGCCGAACGAGUAGUCGUCUCCAACUCCUCAGUCUCCAGCUCUGCUGCCUCUUUUGGUGUGUCUUCUUCUCUCAAUUCUCUCAACGACUCACAGGCUCGCCUUGCAGGGGCCACGUGCCGCCAAUCGCUCCAGUCCACCUUCUCCGCCAUCUUAAUCAUCAUAAUCCCACUCAUCAUUAACAGCAGCAGCAGCAGCAGCAGCAGCAGUAACAGUAGGCGUGGAUUCCCUCUGUCGCCACGGCCGUCCUCCUCGGCAGACGAAACAAAGUCUGUUUACAUCAUUCCGUCGGAAGGAAUUCACACUGACAGGGGACGACUGCUAAAAGCCAUCACACUCACCCGUUUACCUGUCUUCCCUGUGGACCUCGUCUAUUCCACUUCUUCUUCUCUUUAUCCUCCUCCUUCUCCUCCUAAUCCCGUUCUUUCUCUACCUCCUCCUCCUUCGCCUCCUUCUCCUCCUGCUUCCCCUCCUCCUCUUUCUCCUCCUAAUCCCCUUCCUUCUUUACCUCCUACUCCUACUCCUCCUCCUCCUCCUCUA